AUGUCAAAUCCAGAAUUCCAGGCAACCAACGCCUUCGACCGACGGCCUGAGACAGAUGAAGGCAAGUACGCCGAGUCAAUGAGGCUGAAGACUUCAAGAUAUGUGGAUAAAAGUGGUUGCGCACGGAGGAUUCGUCUGACGGCAGUUGACGGCUCUUCAUCGAGAGGGGCCUGUGUCCAAACAGCGGAGCUGUCGGUCGUUUGUAGCCAUGGAGACGAAGUUCCCAACAAGUGUGGGCUCGACGGCACAGGCGGGUGGUUGUUGUCGAUAGCCAGCCGGGUUAUCCUUGCCACGGCACCGUGGCUUGGAUGCGCGCAGGCCGCUUCGACAAAGUUCUUCAAGCUGGGCGACAGAAGCAAGAGGGACAGUACUAAGAACACGGGCAACGAUAUAUACUCACAACCGAGCGUGUUACGAGGAGCACUGUUGGCUACCCACACCUGGCUGUAUACCAGACAGGGAAGGGUAGCCAAGGCCUCACCGAGGUCGGUGGACAGGAUGAGUAAUAUGAACCACGUUGUUGAAGAGCUAGAAGCAACUACCAUGCAUGUGAAAACUUUUCAAAUUCAAAUCAUCACUGGGGCUUCCUGGUUGGGGGCCAAAAAGCUCAAUGGUGUGGGCCUUGUGGGUGCUGCCGGCUUUUGGUAA